AUGGACUUAGGCAAAGUGCUGAGAUUAAUUGGAAACAAUGAAACAGUGCAAUAUGAAUUUUUAAAAAGUUGCUUUGCAUAUUCCGAUGAUGUCAAAUCGUCUUCUCCAAUUCACAUCGAUCCAUCACAUUAUCUGCAUUACAUUGAUUUACUCGCACGCUAUGACUCAUCUCACUUAUUAACAUUUCUCAAAAGCAAAUCCGAACAUUAUCGUGAACAAGACGUGCUUGAUAUAAUAGAAAAAUAUCAAUCUUCAUCGUUAAUUCCAGCGAUUGCAUAUUUACUUGAACGUCUUGGCAAAUAUACGGAAACGUUCAAUCUUCUUUUGAAAUCAAUGGAUUCUUGGCAAACGAUCGAUCAAUUGUAUCAAAUGGCAUUAGAUUGUGUUCAUUUUUGUCAGCGGACAACCAUUAAGCUGAAGAAUAAGAAAGAACGAGAAGAUCUAUGGUUAAAAUUCCUUCAAACUAUCUUAGAAAUCUCCUCGAAAUCAUUCGAUCCCGAACAGGCAGGUGCAUUCCGUCGUAUCUACGGUGAAAUCCUAAAUAGUAUGAUAGGUUAUGUUACAUUACCAUCCAUUCUCGAAUUGAUCAUGGGAACUGAUGCUGCUGACAUUACAAAAGGCGUUCGAAAACGCUCGGACACAAAUAUUCGCAGUACAUUCGAAAUCCGCCAAUUAAUUCAAUCAAUGUUAGAAAAUUGCUCAUUCGAAUUACGUUUAUUAGAAACCGCUCGUCGAUUGUUACAACGUGAUCUAAAUGAUGAUAUCCAACAAAUGUGCACAAUGAUUAAUCGAAGUGUACCAGUUCGGUCGAAUCAAUGCACAUAUUGUCAAAAGUUUCUCUAUCAACUUCAACAAGAUUUCGAUAAGAGCAAGCCGCCGCAGCAACAGAAGAACAAAUUCGUCAUAUUUGCUUGUCGACAUGUGUUUCAUUUACGUUGUUUAAUCGAAAUACAAAAUGAGCAAUCGAACAAUAACUUCUGUCCGCAAUGUACAACAAGCCAAUCAUCAUCGCUAACAUCGGCAACUACUUCUACAGCAAACGCGCCGACCGUGGUACGACCGGAAUUGAGACGAUUAACGACAGUUCAUACUGACCAUCAGGAGAAACAACUUGCAUUGAGCAACGUUCAACAGCAAGUAAUUGCAGCGAUUUUAGAAAGGAAACGAUUGAGUAUUCAUCAUCUGAACAGCGAUGAUGAAGACAACGAUGAUCACCCGCAAUCGAAAAUGCAUGAAACAUCUAUUCAGAAUGCAUUUUCAUCUUCGACAGCAGUUUCAUUACAAUUACCUGAUAAAUGGCGAGAAUAUCUCUCAUCAAAUGAAUGA